AUGUACCAUCUGUAUAAAAGUCUACAAGUAUAAAUAAUAUUUCUAAAUAAUAAUUUUUUUGUGGAAUAUUGUGAUUUAAUGAAGAAUUAUAUUAAUUUUCUAUUUUUUUUUGUCAAAAUUAAUUACGUUACAGUGUCCAAUAACAUUUUCAAGAAUAAACAUUUACCAUGGAUUUUAGGAAGCUUCUAUAAAUAUGUAAAUAUAUAGAAUACGGUCUUAAUGAUUAAGCGAAUAAAACGAUGAAAAUAUAGCAAAAUGGAUGACGAUAUACGUACAUUGUGGUGUGGAAAUUUAAGUGACAAAGUCACAGAAAGUAUUCUUUACGAGUUAUUUUUACAGGGUGGUCCAAUACAAAGAGUUGCCAUUCCUAGAGAUCGUGAUGGAAAGCAAAGAACUUACGGAUUUAUAACGUAUAAACAUGUAAGUUCUGUAUCAUAUGCUUUAGACCUUUUUAAUGGAACAAAAUUAUUUAAUCGGACCAUUAAUAUGAAAACAAGAAAUAACAUAGAGUUACCGCAAGUAGAAAAACAAAAACAGGAACACAUUUAUAAUUUGAAUCAUCUACUUCAUUUGGGUCAGCAAACGUUUAUAGGAAACUUUGUGCCAAAUAUAGGUUCAGAUAUGCUUCCUACAAAUGUAGUACAAAAUACAGUUGUAUAUACUGGCAAAAUUGAUACUCAUCGUGAUGAUAGACAUUCUAGAAGUUAUCAUCCUUAUCAUCGUGAUCAUGAAAGUAAUAAACAUGAUCACCAUAAAGAUCAUAAAUCCUAUAAAAAUAGAAGUAAUAGUAGUCAUUCGAGUGAUUAUUCAAAACACAGUAAUUAUAAAAAUAGUAGAAGACAUUAUCAUUAAUAAUUAAAAAUAUAAAUUUAAUAAAAUGACGAAAAGGUA